AUGUCUACUAAAAAUUCUAGUUCAUUUUUUGAUGCUAAUACAUUUCGUCGUUUAUCUGUUCGUUUAAUUUUAAUUGGUUUUGCUAUGUUUAUGAUGUGUUCAAUAAUGUGUGUAACACAAAAUUAUUAUAUAUUAAUAUAUACAUGUGGUAUUUUAGCUAUAAUAAUUGAAGGUAGCAUAAGUCUUUAUUAUCAAUUUCGAGGUGAAUGGAAAGAUUUUAAAUGGUUUUCUCCAUCAAUUAUUUUAUUUAUUAUAACAUGUGUACCAAUAUUAAAAAUUCUUAAACAACAUCAAUUACAUGUUAGUCAAAUAUUUCGACAAACAAAUAUUGAAUUAUUACUUAAACGGAAUGUGACAUAUUGUUUUGAUGUUAAGUAUAAGCAUAUAUAUUUAAAUUCGAUUAUAUUGGACUAUCCAGUGUAUACAUUUCAAUGUUCAAAAAAUCGUUUAAUGUAUUUUAAUAAAGAUAAUUUUCUAUUAAUGUGUUCAUUAUUAACAAAAAUACAAUAUAAUUCAUGUAAAUCAUAUAAAAUAUGUCGAACUAAAUCAAAUUUUAUUAUACCUCGAUCAUUUUUAAAAAAUUCAUGUUCACAUUGGAGAGAAUUAAUAAAUCGUUUUACAUUAGUUGGUAUUCUAAGUGAUGAAUUAGCUGGUUUUAUGCUUAUUGAACAAUUACUUUUACUAGUCUUAGUUAUUGUUAACUGGAUAUGGCCACAAACUGAAAGUUCAGAUGAAAUAUAUUUUGCUCAAAUGUUACGUCAAUAUUUAGCUGCUGCACCUGAUAUUGUUGAAUUUUAUGGAAAUUUUCAUCAAGGUGAAAAUUUAAAUAAAUUACAAGAUAGAAAAAAUUUACAAUCUGCUAUUUUUAUUAUAUUUAUUAUGUCAAUAUUUCAAUUUAGUAUAAAUUUACAAAUGAAAAUAAAACCAACACGAUAUAUACAUAAACAAGAUUUUUAUCAAUUAAAUAUAAAAGAUAAAUGUUUAGUUAUAUUUGAAUUCAUUUUUUCAACAUCAAUGUGGUCAGUUAUUUAUAUAACACUAACACAAGAUUUACCAUUUUUAAUUAUACGGUGGUAUUUUCUUACUUUUAUGUCAGAUAGUUCAAGUAAAAUGAUUUUUUUCUUAUUGAAAAAUGUUUUAACUAUAAUGAUAUCGUUUCAUUCUGGUUUCAUUGAUAUAAUUCAAUUUAAAGAAAAUAUUCAGAAAAAAAAGACAAAAGAUUAA